AUGUCGGACACCGAGCCCCAACCGAAGCCAGAAGGUGGCUCUGAGCACAUCAACAUCAAAGUGACCGACUCGGGAGGUCAAGAGACCCAUUUCAAGAUCAAGAUGGCGACCAAACUCACCAAACUCAUGACCGCCUACGCGGACAGACAAGGCGCAGCUGCCAACUCCGUACGAUUUCUGUACGACGGUAGACGGCUGACCGGCAAUGAGACGCCGCAAGAACUGGACAUGGAGGACGGAGAUACGAUCGAGUGCCACAUCGAGCAGGUCGCUGGGUGGCUUGUAGACAGACUGUGCGAGAGGUUGUGGUCUCAUUAUAUCGCCUUCCGCUCGGCCUUCUGCUCGUCUAUCCGACGGCAUCAGACUUUACUGUCUUUUUCUUCGAUGCAGUCUGUAUACGUUGCCUUCGUCGCCUCGAGCGACUGA